AAAUUCCUUAUUUCGCAAAGUAUUUUAACAAUUUGCUCAUAAACUCCAACUGACAAUGAAGUCAAUCAUUAUUGGUCUUAUCAUUUCCUUAACCAUUCUAGGUCUCACAUUGGGAUAUCCUACUCCCGUAGAGAAGGAUCCCGAACAAGGAGACUUCUUCGAAGGUGAUAUUGAUCUAUCGGAAGAUCAAAGAGAAGCAAUUGAGGGAAAGGCUCGCAAUGGAUUAAUUUCUAGCAAAUAUCAUUGGCCCAACAAAGUUGUCUACUACAAAUUCGCUGAAGGACAAUUCGAUGGAGCUCACAAGAAUCACGUCCUUCGUGGAAUGCAAAUGCUUGAAGAAGUAUCCUGCAUUCGCUUUAUUCCAGCUAAUGAGACCACAAUUGCUUUCGUAAACAUAACAAGCCAGCCAACAGGUUGUCAUUCGUCUGUUGGAUUCCAAAAUAAAGUACAAACUGUGAAUUUUCAAAACUACGAACUGGAUAAAGGUUGCUUCCGGCUAGCUACUAUUGUCCAUGAAUUUCUGCACGCUCUGGGCUUCUAUCAUCAGCAAAGUGCUUCGAAUCGUGAUGAAUUUGUGAAAAUUGUUUUCGAAAAUAUCUCAUCGGGCAAAGAGAGUAAUUUCAAUAUUUACAAUUCAACGGUUGUGGAGGAUUUUGGUAUUGAAUAUGAUUAUGGCAGUGUUAUGCAUUAUGGACCGACAGCAUUUUCGAAAAACGGAGAGAAAACAAUUAUUCCAAUACUUGAUCCUAGUGCUGAAAUUGGCCAAAGGAGAGAUAUGAGUUCUAAGGAUAUUGACAAAUUGAAUAUUAUGUACAAAUGUCCAAUUCAAACAAAGUGAGAUCUAAGUAACUACGAGUGAUUUGAUUAGUGAUACUAUAGUUAAUACAUUUAUAUAAUUUAAUGAAAUUAGUUAAUGUUUUCGAUUUUAAUUUCGAGAGAUAAGACAAUAAGGAUUUGUUUGUUUGUUUUGUUUUUUUAUUGACUUUUCUGUUUAAAGAUUGGAUUUCAAUGUUAAUAUUUUAGAAGAAAUAUAAAAGUUCAAAAAAUCUUAAAAAAUUGUUUCAGGUUCUGUUA